AUGGCGAUGCUGAAGCAGAAGGAGGCUCCAGAAUUCUUCAGGGACUGGAUCGUUUAUCGGGAAUGGGCCCGCAAGUUAGCCACCCAGGAGAACUACCCCGUCGCGGAGCACUAUUUCGAGAAAGCGAUCCAGCAAUGCCCUCACGACGAUCUGAGGACCUACCUAGGCCUCGGUAAAACCCAGCUCAAUUACGCGAGGUACGCCAGGGCGAUCAAGACCAUCGAGAAAUGCAUAUCUAUAGACGCAACCUACUCGAAAGUGAAGCAGAAGCAGCUGCAGACCCUUUUCCAAGUCGGAGAGUUCGAGUAUAGUUUGGUUCACGCCCACAUGGGCUUCCAGAAACGUCGAACUGUCGCCCUGCAGCAUGGAAUAAUCCAAGGCAACGAGACCAUCCACGACUGCGUCGGUAGGAACACCUCGCCCAAAGCCCUUCUGCUUCUCUCGCCCUGGAUAAAACACCUCGAGGAACACCGGAAACUGAUGUUCGAGAAGCUCGAAGAGGAGGUGGACGAACUCGAAGGCAUAGAGCAGGAGCAGUCCAAGUUCAAAGUGAACGACCCUGAAAUGAAAGCCGAGACAGAGUUCAAAAGGUUCCAGCGCCUCAUAGCGAAGAUAUACCUGGGCUACCUGGCCAACGACAAGGACUUUCUGGAAACGCUCACGGAACGGCCGGAGAUCCUGGAGUCCCCGAACAGGGCGACCACCGAGGAGCUGCAUGUACUGGCGGCGAAGAACUACAGGAGGGCCAUACGCAGACAGAACAUCCUCCGAAUGAGACGACCCCUUUACGUGACUCUCUUCGAACGAAUGGCCAUACCGGAGGGCCAUCGAGCGAUGAUCGAGGCCGAGAAGCAAAUGCGCAGAAACCUCAUCGUCAUCGAAGCGGACUUCAUAUUGCGUCGUCUGCACGACGUGAGGACGAGCAAGGAUUACAUCACGUUCUUCAGAAUGGUGGACCAUGUCAAGGACAAGUUCGACUCGUACUCCCUUAAGAUGUUCCCGCUGCGGCAGAAGUGUCUGGACGCGGUGUACAACAUGGUGGCGUGGGCGUACAUCGACGUCCGCGAUCUGACUCAUCUGCGGACCAGGGAGCAGAAGACGACGUAUUUGAAACACCACAUGGGUAUACGCGUGGCCGAAUUGCCACGCGACACGGACAUCGCCUGGGUGCGCUUGAACCAAGGAAAAGACACGCUCAGGGUUUUUCGAAGGUAUCGUUUGCAAUAA